AUGGUCAAUAUAUCAGAUUUCUUCAACAAGAAUAAGAAGAAAUUACCAACAGCAAAGUCCUCGGCGACUAAUUCGCGUACCUCCUCAUCAGCUUCCAAGGCACCUGAAAUAAUCAAUUUGGAUGAUUCUGACGAGGAUGAUGAUUUAGAAGAACUAAUUCAAAAACCACCAAGAAAGAGGCAAUUAACAGAAGCCAUCAAUGAGAAAUCUAAAGCAAUCGAGAACUCAAAGGAGGAGAAACCAGUCCCAGUUGUUGCCAAAGCAAAACCUGUGAAGAGCCCCAGGAAGGCGGCUGCACCUAAACCUAAACCCAAAUCGAAAGCAACAGGUGAAUCUAUAACUGCACAGGAUGUCCUUGAUAAGAUUCCAUCUUUGGAUCUGUCCAAAGUGCAUGUAAAGGAGAAUAUCACAUUUGAUUUCAAAGCAGGAGGCGCGUCAACAGCAGGUGAUGAUUCUUUGGUGGAUGUGCCCACUGAUUUCCCUGAGGGGCAACCCAAUUGUUUAUUGGGCCUUACCAUUGUUUUCACUGGUGUCUUACCUACCUUAGAGCGUGGUGAAUCGGAAGCUUUAGCAAAGAGAUAUGGUGCUCGUGUCACGAAAUCAAUCUCAUCGAAAACAUCUGUAGUAGUCCUUGGUGAUGAAGCUGGUCCCAAAAAAUUGGAAAAGAUUAAGCAGUUGAAGGUCAAGGCAAUUGAUGAGGAAGGAUUUAAACAAUUAAUUGCCGGUAUGCCUGCAGAAGGUGGUGAUGGUGCUGCUGCUGAAAAGGCUAGACUAAAGAAAGAACAGGAAGAAGCACAAGCCAUGGAAGAUGCUCAAAAAAUAAUUGCACAGGAAGAUGCUAAGAAGGAAAGGAUCAAACUUGCAAAGAGUAGUGGAGCAGUCGUUAGCAAAGAAGAUAUCAUUAGAGAUGAAGAUAAAUUAUGGACCGUGAAGUAUGCACCCACGAAUUUACAACAAAUAUGUGGUAAUAAGAGUAGUGUGGCUAAGUUAAAAAGUUGGUUAUCGAAUUGGGAAAUAAAUAAAAAGAAUAAAUUUAAGAACGCUGGGAGAGACGGAACUGGUGUGUUCCGUACAGCAAUGUUGUAUGGGCCACCUGGUAUUGGUAAAACAACGGCAGCCCAUCUCGUUGCUAAGGAAUUAGGAUAUGACAUCUUGGAACAAAAUGCUUCUGAUGUUAGAUCCAAAUCAUUGCUAAAUGCAGGUGUGAAAAAUGCACUUGAUAAUAUGUCUGUUGUUGGGUUUUUUAAACAUAAGGACGAUUUAGCCGAUGAGAAUGGUAAAAGAUUUGUGAUUAUUAUGGAUGAAGUCGAUGGUAUGAGUGGAGGUGACAGGGGUGGUGUCGGUCAAUUGGCACAAUUUUGUCGUAAAACUUCUACUCCAAUGAUAUUAAUUUGUAACGAACGUAAUCUUCCCAAGAUGAGACCCUUUGAUAGGGUCUGUUUGGACUUACAAUUUAGAAGGCCAGAUGCCAAUAGUGUCAAAUCCCGACUAAUGACUAUAGCCAUUCGCGAAGGUUUUAAAUUGGAUCCUAACGUUAUUGAUAAAUUAAUUCAAACUACAAGAGGUGACAUAAGACAAAUCAUUAACUUAUUAUCAACCAUUUCCAAGACGACAAAAUCUAUUGGACAUGAUAAUAUUAAAGCCAUUUCUUCAGCUUGGGAAAAAAAUAUUGCAUUGAAACCAUUUGAUAUUGCUCAUAAACUAUUAGAUGGAUAUAUUUACACUGAUGUUGGGUCCCAUAGUUUCACAUUAAAUGAUAAGAUUGCAUUAUAUUUUGAUGAUUUUGAUUUUGCACCAUUGAUGAUCCAGGAGAAUUAUUUAAAUUGUAAACCUGCAAAUCUCCCCCGUGGUAAGACACAUAUACAGGCUGUCGCUGAAGCAGCAGAAAGUAUAUCUCAAGGUGACCUUGUGGAAAGGAAGAUUCGUAGUAGUGAACAAUUAUGGAGUUUAUUACCAUUACAUGCUGUGUUGUCGUCGGUCCGUCCAGCUUCCAAAGUGGCAGGUCAUAUGACGGGUAGAAUCAAUUUCAGUAGUUGGUUAGGUCAAAAUUCCAAGAUGAAUAAAUAUUAUAGAUUAUUGCAAGAAUUGCAAUACCAUACAAGGUUAAGCACAUCUACGAAUAAGAUCGGAUUAAGACUAGAGUAUAUGCCUUUGUUGAAGAAAGAAUUAUUGAAUCCCCUGUUGGAGAAUGGGUCCGAAGGAAUUCCUCAGGUGAUUCAAUUAAUGGAUGAAUAUUAUUUAACCAAGGAGGAUUGGGAUACCAUAAUGGAAUUUAUGAUUGGACCUGAUGUAACUGUACAACAGUUGAAAAAGAUUCCUACCCAAACUAAGACUGCCUUCACGAGGAAAUAUAAUUCUAUGACUCAUCCCGUGGCAAUCUAUAAAGCUGGUACCAGUACAGGUACUGGUGGUGGAGCUCGUAGUACUCCUGAUUUUGAAGAUGUUGUUGAUGCUGAUAAUGUAGCUACUCCUGCUGAUGAUGAUGAUGAAGAGGGUAAAGAGAGUCUUGAUUUAAAGAAGGAUAAACUUAUCAAGCAAAAGGCUAGACCUUCAAAGAAAAGAGCUGCUAUUAGUAAAGCGUCAGCGGCUUCAAAAAAGAGAAAAACGAAAGCAUAA